AUAAUUCGUGUCACUCACAUCACAAAAUUAGGGUUAGGGAUUUACCUUCUUUUCUUUGUGAAAUUCAAGCAUGGCGUCGACGAAGAAGAUCAGUCUGCAGAGUUCCGAUGGUGAGGUCUUCGAGGUGGACGAGGCGGUGGCGUUGGAAUCGCAGAUCAUCAAGCACAUGAUCGAAGGCGAUUGCGCCGAUAGCGGCAUCCCUCUUUCCAACGUUACCAGCAAGAUUCUCGCCAAGGUUAUCGAGUACUGCAAGAAGCGCGUUGAGGCCACGAGUUCCGACGAGAAGCCCUCCGAUGAAGAUCUCAAGGCCUGGGACGCUAAUUUCGUCAAGGUUGAUCAGGCCACGCUCUUCGAUCUCAUUCUGGCUGCAAACUACUUGAACAUCAAGAGCCUUUUGGACCUUACUUGCCUGACUAUAGCAGACAUGAUCAAGGGGAAGACACCAGAAGAAAUUCGCAAGACCUUCAGCAUUGAGAAUGACUUCACCACCGAGGAAGAGGAGGAAGUUUGUCGGGAAAACCAAUGGGAUUUGAAUGAUUCAAAGGCAAGAAAGACUUCAUAAUGGAAACAAAUAGGAGUGCAAAAAUUGAUUUUCAAACAUUAGGUAAACCACUUGGUAAAAGGGAUACAUUCAAGGGGGUCGUAGCACACAGACGGGUCGUAUGCAAGAUCACAAAGGCAUCAAAUCCAUCAGAAUUUCAUCAUCAGUACAAACAAGCACCAAAUGAAAUCUUCUAUUCACGUUCAGAAUAGAAAUGGAACUAAACAAAAAAGAAUAAGUUGCUCACAAAUUUGUGUUCUUGUUUCUCUAAAUGAACAACUGAAUCGUGUUCAAGCUUGUCCAUUUUUCGUGGUACCAUGUCUACUUUCAUACGUAAGUAUCAUAUUGAUAUAGUUGCUAUCUUGGAACCGCGUGUCAGUGGAGUCAAGGCUGCCCAGAUUAUUCGUAAACUAGGCUUUUUUAAUUUUAUUUUGGAAGAAGCUAAUGGUUUCUCAGGCGGUUUGUGGGU